AUGCCUCUCAAGAUCAAAUUCUCGAGACGGCCAGAAACCCCAACCGGCGAAGCAGCGCCUGCACCGGCACCAGUGCCUACGCCUACGCCUGCGCCUGCGCCUGCAACCCCCGCGACCGAAACGCCUCAACCUCCACGCAAGAUCACACUGAAGAUCGCACGCAAGCCUCAAACUGAGGAGCCCGAUGAAAAACCGAAGAAGAAGAAAGUUGUCAAGAAACGGCCGGCGGAAGCUGCUGCGCUGCCCGUGCCCGCGCCUGAGCCCGAGACAAGCCUGCAAGGACCCAAGCGCCUGAAGCUGAACCCAUCGAAGAAGCCUGGCCUACAGUCAAUCCGUAUCAAGAACAAGGGGAUCGUCCCCAACCGACCGGUGGGUGUUGGCUACGACUCCGAGGCCUCGGAUACUGAGCAGGAUCCUGCCAUCGAAGAGCAAUUCAUUCUACGCAUGCUCCCAGGAGAGGACUGCGAGCAUCUACGGAAAACUAUCAACGAAAGGACUUUCCAUCACUCGGAAUUUGGAUUCAAGCCCCUUACGCGUGAAGGUCGGCGUGCCAUCUUGAAAGUGAGAGACAAACAAUAUGCGGCGGCCCUGGUGGAUCUACCUUGCGUUAUCGAAGGAAUGAAGAGUUGGGACCGACGAGGUUGGUACAAGUCAGCGGACAUUUGCCAAAUGCUCUUAGUAUUAGGGCGAGUCAACAGCGACCAGGAAGCUAUGGAAUACCCACUGCCCGCGGACGUCGAAUGCCCUGACGAAAAGACACUUCAGUACCCACACGGUCUCGCACCGCCCCUGCGCUGGGUCCGUAAGCGGCGAUUCCGCGACCGCGUCAGCACCCGUACAAUCGAACAGGUCGAGAAGGCGGUGGAAGAACUCAUGGCUCUGGAUGAAAAUUCUAUCUUCGCUCCGAAGUUUGAAUUGGUGGACAGUACAUCGCUGAACCGCGUUGAAGGAUUGGUGCAAACCGAUCAGUAUGAGGAGGAGUACGACGAUGAACAGGAUGCAUACGGUGAAGCGGAUGAAGAGAUGAUGGACGACUUUGAAGAUGAUCUCGCUGCUGAAAUGGAGGCUGCCUUGGCCGGUGAUGACGAGGCAGCUGGAGCCGGAAAGGAGCAGGCAGACACGCAGCAGCCCUUCACGCCGGCUGGAGGACCAACCGAGCGCGGGGAUACCUCUGCCGACGAAAGCAAUAUCUCCGACGAGGACGACGAUGAUGGUCAAGAGGAGCUCGAUGACGAUCAGAUUGAGCAGCAACAACAGCUCCAGCAGCAGCGCGAGGAAGUCGCCGAGUUGGAAGCUCUCAUCCGCACCGAAACGGCACAGUGGGAGAAGGUACAAAAUAACAUCCUUCGCAACAAGAUGGGCCGACGAAUCCAAGAGCUCAAGAAGGAUCUGGAACUCAAGAAGGUCUCUAUGGGCAUGCCAGGCGGAGACGAUCUUUGA